AUGGAGGGUGACGAAGCACGGGAAGUUAUCGGAAGCAUUCAUCAAAUUGGAUCUUCGCCAACAUAUGGAAAACAAAGAAACAAUCAAGAUGUUGUUUCUUCUAAACUGAAAAACAUAGGGGGAAGUGCAAGUAUAGCCCAGCCCCCUCCUCCUCCUCCUCCGCUUGCAUAUUUUUCGGCAUACAACCUGCCUCCUGGGAAUCCGUGUGAAGGUUUCACAUUGCCUCCCCCACCAGCGGAUAAGAAAAGGACUGGACCACGUCCAUGUCCAGUAUGUUACCUUCCUGUUGAAGAUGCUAUCACCUUAAUGCCAAAGGCUCCUUCAUUUUCUCCUGUGCUAAAAAAGUUAACCUAUAUUCACGAAGUAAAUCUAACUAGAAGUGAGUUUGGAGGCUCGGAAUUUGGUGGAUAUCCUUCGCUGAAGCAGAGGAGCGAUUCUUAUGAUAUAAGAGAGUCAAUGAGCGUGCAUUGUGGAUUUGUCAGAGGAGUUAAGCCUGGCCAUCAGACAGGAUUUGAUAUUGAUGACUCUGACCUUCUUGAGAUGGAAACAUGCCCGGGGGUGGUUGUUGCAUCAGCAGUAUUUGGAUCCUUUGAUUUGAUACGACAACCAAAGAACAUUAGUGAACAUGCCAAGAAAAAUGUUUGCUUCUAUAUGCUUGUGGAUGAAGAGACAGAAAUGUUUAUAAGAAAUUCUACUGAUCUGGAUGAUAGCAAGAGAUUUGGGUUGUGGAGAAUUGUUGUGGUCCACAACCUACCUUACACUGAUCCAAGACGCACCGGGAAGGUUCCAAAGCUUUUAUUGCAUCGUCUUUUCCCAAACGCUCGCUACUCUUUAUGGAUCGACGGAAAACUUGAACUUGUUGUGGAUCCAUAUCAAAUACUUGAAAGGUUCUUGUGGAGGAAAAAUGCCAGUUUUGCAAUAUCUAGGCACUAUAGGCGCUUUGAUGUCUUUGUCGAAGCAGAGGCUAACAAGGCUGCUGCCAAGUAUGAUAAUGCAUCCAUUGACUUCCAGAUUGAAUUUUAUAAAAAGGAGGGUCUAACCCCAUAUUCUGAGGCUAAGCUUCCCAUUACAAGUGAUGUUCCGGAAGGAUGUGUAAUUAUAAGGGAGCACACUCCUAUCUCCAAUCUUUUUACUUGUCUAUGGUUCAAUGAAGUUGAUCGCUUUACUUCCAGAGACCAGAUUAGUUUUUCCACUGUGAGGGAUAAGAUCAGGUCAAGAACAAAUUGGACUAUCAAUAUGUUCCUGGACUGCGAAAGGCGCAACUUUGUGGUUCAGGGGUACCAUAGAGAUCUGCUAGAACAUUGGGCUCCUCCUCCUCCUCUGCCUGGUGGUGCUAUAGCCAUUCUCCAUCCGCCACCACCACCACCACCACCACCUUUUAUUGUUGAAACACCAAAUAAAACAUCACCAAGCAUUCCAAUAGAAAGUAUUGGAAGUACUCCAAUAAAAAAGAUCCCUACAAAGCGUGGUAAAGACAGGAAAUCCAGGUCAAGGCGUCACCGCAAAGUUGCUGUUGGUAGUACGGAUAUCAGUUGA